AUGCUACGACCGAACCACCAGGAGAUGGAAGGGAAUGAGCGCUAUGAGGGCUUCUGUGUGGACAUGCUGAAGGAGCUGGCGGACAUCUUGAAGUUCAAGUACCAUAUCAAUCUGGUGGGGGACGGGGUUUACGGGGUAUCGGGGACCAACGGUACCUGGACGGGCAUGGUGGGAGAGCUCAUCUCCAUGGUAAGGGCAACAGCUUCCUAUAGUUUUUCCCGACCACUUGACUUGACCAGGAAAAACUCUGGGCCCUACCAUCGCCAUCCAUCUCCCUACCAUUUACCCCCUUCUACCACUUCACAGCAUAAUGCCACUUGAGCUAUAGACCAAUUAAUCAAUCUUUCAAUCAAAUGUUAUUAAUGUAGCCUUUUUAACAACAACAUGUCACAAAGUGCUUUAUAGCUAUCAGGACUAUUUACUGCCAUUACUGCCAAAUCACCCCUAACAAACCCCUAACAUCCUACAAACAUCCAGCGUCUGUAUGGCCCCAUACACACAGGUUGAACAACUGAUUUGACACGAUGGUUGUGAUACAACUGAUACUGCAUGUUCAUGAUUCAAUGGAGAGUUUGUCGUCACAGAAAUGUGUAUACAACAAUUGUGCGCUGUCUCCACAAUGCUUGUGUAAAUAUUUUUGGCAGAAAAGCUCUCUGUUGUAUUACAACCGUUAUGCCGAAUGCGUUGCAUCAGUUGUAUACCUUUAGUGUGUAUGGAGCCUAUAUGUGGGUGUUAUGUGUGCAGGCAUAGUGUGUCUCCGUGGACUCUAGGAUAAAAUGUUUCCAUCUGAUAUGUGAUAGGCUGAGUGUCUCGUAGUAAAACAUGUCCCCACUGAUGUGAUCUAGAAAAGUAGUGUCCAAAGCUAUUGAUUGAUGUUUUCACAUUCAGAGCAUCCUACAGUAAGGGGAUGUCACCAUGCAGAGAUGUGAGGAGGAGGAGGAGGAGGAGGAGGAGGAAAGGUAAAAUAUGGAGGAGAAGGAAGAGGUGGAGGAGAAAGAGGAGAAUAGGAGAAGUAGGAGGAGCGUAGGGGAGGAGGAGGAGGAGGAGGAGGAGGAGGAUGUAGAGGAGGAGCAGGAUGAGGAAGGCUGUUAAUUAGUCCAGAUAAUGCCUGAUCCAGAUGGCACCCUAUUCCCUUUAUAGUGCACUACUUUUGACCAGGGCUCUGGUCAAAUAGGGUGCCAUUUGGGACACAGCCAUGGGACACAGACAUGUCUUUAAAAGGGCCCAGCUAACCAGUCUGCUAAACCAUCUGAACCGGGUUUUUUUGUGAACGAAAGGGCUAUAUUGCUGGUCUUAGAGUGGGGUCGCACUGGGGGAGGAGAAGAGAGGUGGAGAGAAGAGAAGAAAGAUUGUACUGUAGCUAGCCUAUAGCGGCUGACUGAGUUAACACAGAAAAGUAGAGCGAACGCUGAGAGAAGAGAAUGUAUGGCCAAGCUUUCCACAGGCUUCCUAUGCAAGGCUACAGUCUGCUAGCUGGGCACGGGGGCUUUACUUUAAGUAGCCAUAGAGAUGGAGAUAAAGCCCUAGCGGGAAGAUGAAAUGCCACGUACAGUGGGGAACCUCUAACUCAAUGCAUUAUUCAGCAGCCGUAGGGACGACUUUGAUUUUUUAUUCCUAUCUCUCUUUUUUUCCGGGGCACCAUCUUAUGAUUGAGCGAAAGUGGAAACAAGUGUGGUGGCAUGGGGAAAGAAUACAACGGUGCAUUAUUUAAAAGCUGACUUUAUACAGGGGGUUGUUUUUUCCGGAGAGAGAUACGAUGAGAGAAAGAGAGAAUGAGAUGGAUAGAGGCUAUUAUGAGAGCUCUUAUGCAUCCGGAGAGCAUGAGCACCCGGAGUCCUCUAGAGGCGAUAAGAUGCGAGGACAGGGAGAUCAGAGAAGAGAGAGGGAAGAGCAGACGAAGAGAAGAAGCGAGAUAGGAGCGAGAAAGCAGAGCUUAGUCUUGAGAGAGAGAGAGAGCUGGAGAGAGAGCGGCGAGAGAUCGGUCUUCUUCUCUCCUCUAUCUCUCGCUCUCUAUCUCUCCUCUCUCUCUUGCUCUUCUCUCUCUAUCUCUCUUCUUCUCUCUCCCCCCCACACCCUUUGAGUAGCUGUUCGAUUCCAGUAAUCAAUUGAUUUAUAUUCAAUAGGUGCAUUAACAUUUCAGCAGCCGCUACGGUUCCGUGUAGCGGAAGGAGGAGUGACGUCUUUCUUUAGUUUUUUUGCCUAGAUAUCUUUUGUUGUUGCUUUCAGGGUGGCUGGGGGUUGGCUAAAUGCCUGGUUUUGCUCGUUCAUUCACAGUUGUUGUGAGUGAAAACACUUUAAAACAACCACUAAAAAGCCCUUUUUCACCACUGUGUUAGCACCUGGAGCUCUGUUUUCACUGUUGAAGUUAUUCUGGACAGGAUUGGUCAACUCCUCCAGGGGCCUGUACUCAAACAGAGUGAAGCUUGUAUGAAAAGCCCCCCCCCCCCCCCCCCCCCCCCCCCCCCCCUCUUUCUCUCUCUCACUGUGUUCUCAACUGCUGCUCUCAGAUCAAGGCAAAGGCAUAUGACAGCCUGAGUCCCUCAUAGGACCACCUAUAAUGAAAGGUGUAUGAUACCCACCUGACAGGGUACAUUACAACAUAACAAGACCCAGGGUUAGCCUUGACACUAAACCUUCUGCUUAUCUCUCUACAAGGUAUCUCUACCUACAACUAUACUACUGUCUCUCAAACAAAGUUAUUCUUCUUGACUGGUGCAAAUUUGUUUGUUAGUCAAUUUUAUUUAGUGUGUCAAUGUGUACUGUGACCAUGAUGGCAUGGCCCUAAGUGAUGAUGGGUGUGCUAUCCGAGCAAAAACAUUUCCACAGAUUCUUUUGAACAGAGCCUUCUAGCCAAGUCAACUGGGGGCUGAUGGAUUUAAAAAAACAAUGGGGUCAUGAAUGCUGACGGUUGGAUCCAGCACUGGAGGCAGGCAGGCUCUCCUCUCAUUUAGAGUUGAGCUCUGACAAUCCUCUUAUUUUCCAAAGGACAAAGAGCAGUGUAGGGUUGCACUGGGUUCUGGGGGAGAUGAAUAUCCCUUGCAGAUGCACUUUGCAGCGUUGAAUGAUUACUGGGAUCGAGCAGCCACCUCCACAGCCCUACCAUGCCGAGUAGCACUGACUGGCUGGCUGGCUGGCUGACUGGCUCAGCCUGGCUGGCUGACUAGCUGCGGUGUCAAGUGAUUUGUCAUAACAAUCUGCCCUUCGCCUGCUUAAAAAAACAUUGCACUCUGUUCUAAGGUGUGUCUCAAAUGGCACCCUAUUCCCUAUAUAGUGCACACAUUUUGACCAGAGCUCUAAGGGUCCUGCUCAGAAGUAGUGCACUACAUAGUGAAUAGGGUUUCAUUUGGGAUGUAGCCCUCCCCUCUGUUCUACACUCUGUUCUCCCUGGUGCCCUGCAUGAGUCAGGUCUCAGACACAAAGCCAUUGGUGGAUUAUGCUGCAAACUGCUGGCAGACUAGGCGUCACAGACAACAAUGGCAGCACAGUAGGAGUGGAAUUACACCAGUAGCCUACUUACUAUUUCAUUUAACUUUCCAUGCAUUUUCCAACCCCACAACCCAACCUUUGCUACUGUAGGUUUACCUAUCUCUGCAUAUCUGAACAGUUGGUGUGGUGUGUGUGUGUGUGUGUGUGUGUGUGUGUGUGUGUGUGUGUGUGUGUGUGUGUGUCUAUUCCAGAAAGCGGACCUGGCCGUAGCCGGGCUCACCAUCACCGCAGAGAGGGAGAAGGUCAUCGAUUUCUCCAAGCCUUUUAUGACCCUGGGAAUCAGCAUCAUGUACCGUGUGCACUUGGUAAGACUAACCUCUGACCUCUCCGACCCCUACAAACAACCUGGCUGACCCCUGACCCCUACAAACAGCUCGCGCCAACCCCACACACCGGGCGCCACGGCAGUCAGUGGACCGUGGCUAAUGACCUAGCGACCAAUCAUCAGCCUCGGUCUGGGAGCCCGUUCAGCCCCUCUCCUCCUCUCACUACAUCCCUCUCCUGUCUCUACCUCCACCAGAGUAACAGAUGAUGUGCUCUGCUCUGUGAUAUGCUGGUGUGAUUCGACCUGAUAAAUGGACUUCUUUCAUUCCCAUUCCCACUUCUUCUCUGAUUGUGACUGGGAUCUAAUUUGCACCAAUAAUAGCCCUGAGCCCUGCGUAUAGAACAAGACCCAGGCAACAGUUGUGGAAAUUCAAUACCGCCGUUUCUAUGUUUAAACACCAGCCAACCAUUAAUCAAAGGCCUUCCCCCAAACCCGAGGUGACACACUGGUCUCUCCGCUGGCCACUGGCCGGAUAGAGCCGCUUUGGACCGAGCGGCGGCGUGUAAAAACAUUUAAUAUGGUGUCCCAGUAGGGCAUUUACUCACAGCCGCCCCUGUCCUCCCUGUCCCCCCGUCUGCGUCCCUCCCCUUUUCCUGGUGCUAAUAGGUGCAGCUGCCAGGAGAGAGGCUCCAUUGGACCAACAGUUGGUCGAAUGAAUCGAUAGCAGCAGGUGCAGCGUUAAGUGGGCUGCCGUAUCACCUCCGCGGCAGGCAGAGCGUGCUCAUUGGCGUGUUCCUGCGAGCUGACGCGGCGUGGAGGAGGAGAGGAGAAGCCCACACACAUUGCAGCUCAAUAUUGACACACACACUCCCACUGUCCUAAAAAUGCAGGCACAGACAGACAGGGAGGGAGGCAGGGGGAAGGAUAGAGGGAUGGGAUGAAGAGCAUAAGGUAACUGGCAGAGAGAGAUGUGGAGCCUCCACUGCUUAAGAUCAGGAGUGAAGGGCGGAAGAGACUAACUGCAAAGUGUGAGAGUCUGCUGCACUGAUGUCUGUCUGUCUGUCUGUCUGUCUGUCUGUCUGUCUGUCUGUCUGUCUGUCUGUCUGUCUGUCUGUCUGUCUGCCUGGAGUCUUUUCACAGUACCUGUCCCUGAUGUCUCCUUCUUCUCACUUCAUCUCUCUACCCAGGACUCCCUAACUCCCAGUGCCCCUUGGCAAUCUCUUAGGUCUCACACAGAGCUACAAGGCUC